AAAUAAACAAACUAACAAACUAACAAACUUCGUUGUUUCUUUCUUUAUUAGUCAAGCAGAUAAUAUCAGUUAAUUAAUUAGUUAAACUAAUGUAUUAGACGGUUAGGUAAGGUUCUGUUGCCUGGUGGGCGUGGUUUACAUAGCGACUCAUUUACAUACGCAUGCGUGGGCGGUGUCUUGUCUGCGCGUUACCUUGCCAGCGCGUCCAAUCAGCGCUGAGGUGUGCGCUCGAGGCUGCGCGAGACGGAGGCCCUUCAGUGCUUCCUGAGCGGAAUUAAAGCCACCAUGACUGAAGUCCAGCAGAGGAUUUCAUUUCACACGCAGGAGGAUUUAUAACAGAGCAAAACUAGUUUACAGGAGCUGCAGGACUUCGAGCGGAGAAAGAAAUCAACCUCUCAUCUGGUCAUUUAUCACCUGGGAACAGGUCUAUUCCUUCUGAUCCGUUCCAAUCUGAAGCUCUGCCGGUUCCUGACACCAUGCCGAGACUCGGACUGUGAGCGGAUUGGACGCUUUCUGACCAACGGGAACUCGCAGAAACGUUCAGACGCAGUUUAGGUCUCCCAGCAGCUUCAUGAUCUACCCUUGACCGGAAUGCAGUGAAGGGGGUUACGACCCCGCCCUUUUCUCACACUGUGGUUUAACCCAUGCGGUCAUGUCACAGUAAUGGCGUCUGCGGUAGCCAAUAGGAGUCGAGGAAACCAGUCGCUGCUCCUGAAGGGCGUCGACCCUGAAACAUGCAUGAUCGUGUUCAAGAACCACUGGGCUCAGGUGGUUAAGAUCCUGGAGAAACACGACCCUUUGCGCAGCGGUGGAGGUUUCAGCCUCGGGGUCGGAGUUCACGCUUUUAGAAGUCAUGGUGCGCGUCACGGGACAAUCCCACUGGACGAGGCGAGCGCGGUGCAGAACUACGUAGAGCACAUGCUCUACCUCCUGAUGGAGGAGGAGAGCGGAGUGGGCGGAGCCAUGGGCCCCAUCCUGGAGUUCGUCAUCAUGGAGAACGUGAUGGAGCGCUUGUUCGUGUGGAGCCUGAGGCGAGAUUUCACCGACCAAUCAAAGCUCGAGCAGCUCAAGAUGUACGAGAUGCUGAUCGGGCAGGCCAAGCAGCCGCUGUUGCAUCACAAGCCGAUUCUGAAGCCGCUGAUGAUGCUGCUCUCGUCCUGCUCGGGGACAGCGACGGGUCAAACGGCAGCAGGUGUUCCGACUUCCUCCAAGGUGGAGCAUGAGCUCGUUCUUCUCCUCCAUCAGCUGUGCUGCGUUGUGUCCAGUGAUCCCUCCAUCCUCGAGCUGUUCUUCCACUCCAGUGAGGAUCAGGGAGCCGCUAACUUCCUGCUUUUUUCCCUCCUUGUUCCGUUCAUCCACAGAGACGGAGCGAUGGGGCAGCAGGCUCGAGACGCCCUGCUUCUAAUCAUGACCCUGAGCAACGACAACCAACGUGUGGCCAAACACAUCGCACACAACACCUUCUUCUGUCCGGUGUUAGCCACAGGUCUGAGUGGGCUGUACUCCUCUCUGCCUGCUAAGCUGGAGGUGUCCAGUGAAGACUGGCACUGCAUACAGAAGGACGAGUGGCAGCAGGAGCCUGCACUCGUUCACUUCCUAAACUCACUCGAGUUCUGUAAUGCCGUCAUGCAGGUGGCUCAUCCGUCCAUCAGAGACCAGCUGGUUGGCUACAUCAUCAACGGCUUUCUGAUUCCUGUUUUAGGACCCGCGCUGCAUAAACUGACUCUAGAGGAAGUGAUGACCACCACGGCGUACCUAGAUCUCUUCCUAAGGACCGUCACCGAACCUGCGCUGCUACACACCUUCCUUCGCUUCAUCCUCCUCCAUCGCCAUGACAACGUGCACAUCCUGGACACACUCGUCAGCCGUAUCAACACGCCCUUCCAGGUGCUCGCGUAUAAUUACCGGGGUUCAGAAAAAGUACGAAACACACUGACUAGUAAAAUUCCUCAAUUGGGCACCGUGUCUCUCGCCCUCUUCCGCACUCUGAUCGGUCUGUACUGCGAGGACGUCAUGCUUCAGCUCAUACUCAAGUAUCUGAUCCCGUGUAAUCACAUGAUGCUGAGUCAGCGAUGUGUCCUGAACGAGAGAGACUGCUAUUCUGUUUCUGCGGCUAAAUUUCUCGCCCUCACGCCGUCCUGCUGCUCUCCAGACUUCGUCGCUCCACCAAUCCGACAGCUCGACUCCAUCACGUGGUCCAAGGUCACUGAUGGAGCCCAGUCAGGAACUAUGGAAACAGAGGCCUGCUCCUCGGAGCAGGACGAUUCCGGUCACUCGUGUGUGAUCGGCUCAGAGAUUCACCUGGACGUCAGUUACCUGCAUUACCUGUACGACGCACGUAACGGCAUCAGCAACUGCAUUCGCGCGUGCAGCGUCUGGUCCGCCCCCUACGACGGCGUGACCCCGCCUCCAGGGGACAAAUCUCGCCCUCGUGUGACCUCACAGGCUGUUACUGACGUCACUUCCUCCUCCGGUGUCGAACUCGAGUGGGACGACAGUUACGACGCCGGUUCUGCACGAGCACAGCGGGAAGAAGAAGAAGAAAACGGCACCGCCGCUGCCGUCCCGAACGAUCCGCCGCGACACAUCCAGGAACUCCGAAAGACGGCCACUCUGCUCGUCAACGGCUCCUACGUGGAAGAGUCGGAAUUCCAGGACGACGUCUUGGUGUACGAUCUGGUGGCGCAGAAGGACGCCAACGAGUCGGCCGAUCGGACGCGGAUCCUUUCCGAUCCCGUCGCGGAGGACGCAGGCGUAGAAAAGCCAGACGAUUCCGGUGAGAAAUCAGAAAUCCGGAACGGUUCCGUUCAACCAGACGUGGAGAAACAAAACGGCGUCCAUAUUGAGGCGGAUCCGAGCGCGCACGACCUCCGAGCAGAACAAGACGACGACUUGGCGACGCAGUACGAGGAGCUGAUCCGCACGCUGGUCGUCGAGGUGAAAAGUCCGACGAGGACGCGACAAGAGUUGAGGAAUUCCAUCGUGGAGGAAGAAGACGACGUGGAUUUCAGCUCGUUCUCAGCCGAGACGCCAGAAGCGGAGAAAUCCCCCUCGCCGUUUAGGACUAAACCUCACACUGGGAGCGUGAAUCAAGCCAUGCCUUUUACAGGCCCGUUUGUGAGCGUGCUGCUGUCUCGACUCGAGAACAUGCUGGAGAACUCUCUGCAUGUGAAUCUUCUGUUAACGGGAAUCAUCGCUCAGCUCGCUGCUUAUCCACAGCCGCUGCUGCGCUCCUUCCUGUUAAACACCAACAUGGUGUUCCAGCCCAGUGUUCGCUCGCUGUACCAGGUAACACACCUUCACACCUUGACCAACAAAACCCCCCUCGUCCACAACACCAAGCAGCACAUCGUCACACUUCCAACACUGUCCUCUCACAUUACUGACCCUCUCUACACGCCGAAACCUGCAAAUAAAACUCUCAGCCCUCCACGUUGUGUGAAUAUCAGCGGGGUUGUCCAGCUUGCUUUCUUUACACUUCUUUACACAUUAAUACCACCGUCCAUCAUGUCCUUUUCAUUUUUCUUUCAUCUCUCACUCCUUCCUUGUUUCUUUUUUUUUUUUUUUUACAUUUCUCUCUUUCUCUCGUUUUCUUUCUUUCUUGUCCGCACAUCCGUUUUAUCUUCUUAAUUUUUAUUAUACACUUUCACACAUUAAUACCACUCUCUGUCCGUUAUUUAUUUUUCAUCUUUCUUUCAUCUCUCACUCCUUUCUUGUUGGUUUUUUUUUUUUAACAUCCUUUUGUUCUUUCUUUCCCUCCACUUUUGCAGCUAAUUAUAGCUAAAUACAAUAAAGAGGACAUUUAAAAUGCGUAUUUAUUAUUUUAUUGCAUAUAUAUAUAUAUAUAUAUAUAUAUAUAUGCUGUUGAUCCUCUUUUCUGUCACGUUAAAGUGUGAAAUUUUCUCAUUAAAAAAAAAUUCUUACAUUUUUAACUUCCCACUAUACAGCAGCGGACCAAUCAGCAGCUUCGUUGUGAUAGAUAUGCUUUCUCUUUCUUUCCUUUUUUUCUUUCUUUCUUUCAUCCCUUCACAACUUCUUUUUUCUUCUUUUCUUUCUGUACAUUUUUUACAAUUUUCCCCAUCUUUCCACGUUCCUUUCUUCCUUUUUCUUCUUUAUUUACAUUGUUUUUUUUAAAUUUUAUAUUAAUUUCCUUUCAUCCUUCCAUCCAGUGUUUUUUUUCCCACUUUUGUCUCACCUUCCACUCCCCUCCCCCCUUACUGUACAUUUUUUACAUUUUACUUUCUUUUCUUCCAAUCCUUGUAUUCAAUCUUUCUCUCUUUUUUUCAAAAGAGACGGUUUCUUUAAGACCUGAUCUUCCGUCCCACUGUAGAUGAGUAGAUGAAUAAAAGACGAAGGUAAAGCCAGUGUCACCGUGACCGCAUUUGGUGCUCCUCGAUCUUCCUUGUCGAGUCUUUUCAUGUGUGUUGUGGUUCGUCUCGUCUCUGCAGGUCUUGGCCUCGGUGAAGAAUCAGAUCGAGCAGCUGGCAGCCAGGCAGAAGGAUUUUCCUGAACUUCUCCUGGCAGCACAGCAGUGUCUUCUGGCCAGAGAGA